UCUGUGCGCCCCUGUCGCCACCCACCCCCAGCCCUGCAGCGAAGCCCCUGGGACAGCCCAGGUGGACCCCGAGUGGAGCCGCCCUCCCCGCCGGAGGGACGCGCCGCCCAACCUGGGUCUGGUCGGACACAUGGCUCUUGGGCCCUGGGAGGGGCCAGGGUCCGGGCAAGGGCGGGCUCGGGGAGGCGCCUGCACCCCGGGACCAGCUCCCGUUCUGGGGGAGACUGAUGCGGGCCGCUCCGAGACUGCGGGCGCUCCAGCGACACCUGGGCUCCUCGGAGGGCAGAGGCAUGGAGCCGACCAGCAGCCCGCUGACCACACACGUGCUGGACACUGCCUCGGGGCUUCCGGCCCAGGGCCUCUGCCUCUGUCUGUCUAGGUUUGAGGACCAUGGCCGGCAGUGGACAGAGCUGAGGAAAAGCUACACCGACUCGGACGGCCGCUGCCCAGGGCUCCUGCCACCAGGCCCGAUGAAGGCAGGCACCUACAAGCUGUCCUUUGACACCGAGGGCUACUGGAAGAAGAGGGGGCAGGAGAGCUUCUACCCAUACGUGGAGGUUGUUUUCACCAUCACUGACGAGACCCACCGGUUCCACGUGCCCCUGCUGCUGAGCCCAUGGUCCUACACCACGUAUCGAGGGAGCUAGUGGCCGGGCCAUCACCUCUGGCCAGCUGCGGGCCUGUGAGCACUGAUCCCAUCCCCACGGCUCCCUGAGACACCCCAAGAGAGGGCAGCAGGGCAUCUCCCUGUGGGAGAUUCUGGCCCUCCACCUCCAGUUGCCGUUGAGUCUCAGGCCUCAGUAAAGUCGGUGUCGGUAUCUGUAA